AUGAUUCAGCUGUUGUUCUUGGUGAUUUUUGUUGAGGGGGUUCUGGCAUUUCUUUUAUUGGUGAAGAUAGGACCAUUGAGAGAUCUUGUGAUAAAGACCCUGGAUCAGUUGAAGAUGGGGAAGGGUCCAGCUACAGUAAAAACUAUUGCAGGUACCAUGUUUGUGAUUCUCCUUUCAAGUCUCAUGAGCAUUGUCAAGAUCCAGAACAAAGGUGCUAAACUUGGUACUAUGUCUCCCAUGGAUCAAGUUCUGUGGAGAACUCACUUGCUAGAGGCUUCCCUUAUGGGUUUUACAUUAUUCCUUGGAUUCCUAAUUGAUCGUAUCCACCAUUAUCUUCAAAAACUUGUCAAUUUAAGGAGUAAUGCAGGAGCUUCAAAAGAAGAAUUGGAAAAACUUAAAAGGGAAACUGUCCAACUUAGAGAAAAGGAUGGGAAAUCUUCCACGGAGAUAAAACAGCUGAAGGAAGAACUUUCACUUGUGUCUAAAAGUUUGAAAAAGAUUAAAUUGGAAUCUGAAGAGAAGGACAAGAAAGUUGAGACUGCUGAAGCACAUGUUGCUUCCCUCCAAAAGCAAGCCGCAGAUCUACUACUUGAAUAUGACAGACUCUUAGAAGAGAAUCAAAAUCUUCAGGCUCAAACACUGGGACAUAGGAGUUGA